AUGAAGUUUUCUAUAGUACUACCAAUCCUUUUAAUUAUCGGGAGCAUGGCUGCUGAUUUUGAUCAAUAAGUUGAAGAAUUAUAGAACUCUAAUUUUGGUCAAACGAUAUUACAAACAAUUCUAAUGGAAUUGUAAACAGGUGAUCCAGUAGUUUCUAACCUAAUUAAUAUGAUAUAAGGUUUGGAAACAACUCUAGAGAAUGAAUAAGAAAGGGAUGAUUAAAGAAUUACUAGAAUUAAAUAAAAUUGUGAUAUUGACAUAAAUACAUUGAAAGAUUAAAUAAAUUAAAAUACUGUGAAUUCAUUAACAUUAAAAAGUGAAUUAGAUAGUUUGAAUCCUUAAAAAGUAUCAGCAGUUGCUAGUCUUGAAAGAAAAAAUAAUGAAAUUAAUGAUCUAAAGACAGAAUUUAAUUAUUAAUCACAUAAAAGAGAGACAGAGACAAUAACCUAUUAAGUAAUUUUGGAUAAUUUGGAAUAAGCACUUUUUGGAGUUAAUUAAGUUAAAGGAUAUUUUAAUAGCUAUUUAGAUGUACUUGUAAAGAAUCGAAAAAGAUUUGAAAAACCAGAGCCUUCAUUUUUAUAAGAGACUUACAGUUUUAAAUAUGAUUAAACAGAAAUGAAUGAUGUAGAUGAUGAAGGAGUGCAAUUUACAUCAUUCACUUAAGUAGCUGCUAAAGUUAAUAAAUUAAAACAUCAUGUAAAUAGAAAUUUAAAUAUUAGAUUCAUUUAGAAGGUUAUAGAGCUAUGAUUGAAAUGAUGAGUCGUUUAGCUACUAAAGCAUAAGAUGAACCAUCAUAAGCAGAAGUAUUAACAAGAAAGGUCUUAUCAAUUUUGAAAUAAAUAGAAAAUUAUAUUUAAUCUGAAAGAAUAAGAGAAGAUCAAGCAGAAUCUCUAAGAUCAGGAAAUUUUGAUAUACUUAAAACAUUACUCUCAGACUAAUUAGUCUAAGCUAGUUAAGAUAGAACUUAUAUGGAAGGUAUAAAUUAUCAUAGUUAUCAGAUUAGGACUAGUUGAAUCUUUGUCAACAAGAAUUUAACAAGCAGCUAAUGAAAAGUUCGAAGUUGACCAAAAAAUUGUCACUAAAACUAAGGAAUUAGAUAACAGAGAAACAGAUUGUAGACUUAAAAAUAAUGAAUAUGAAACAGAUACUGCUAAUAGGUAUCUAUUUAUAAACUAAUUAAAUAGAAUUAAAUAAAAGAGAGUAGUAGCAGUUGCCGUUGAUCUAAUCUCAUCAAAAUUAGGACAACUUAAGAGAAAAUUGCUUUCUAAUUGAGUUUCAUAUACAAAAUUAAAACCGAAU